AUGAAACUCGCACCAGUUAAAGCCAACGGGUGCACCCACUCUGGGUCCAAGUGGGGACUGAAUCAGCCCUCCGAUCAUCUAAUCUCCGGACAACCUGGCCCCCACUCCUUACACCCGGGUCACCCUGCAGCCCCACCAGAUCAGCGAGUCACCCAGCUCACUGUGUUAAUGAAGGCCGUGCAUCCAGACUUUAGACAUGGGUGGCGCCUAAGAAGACGGCUUAUCGGCAUCGGUAGCACUAUGGACCUUGCGGACAACCGAGGCUGGAGGGCCAUUCAUGUGGCGGCCGCCGCCGGCAGGGUGGGCUCCCUCACGCAUACCCUGUCUGCGGCCGCUAAGACUGCUGGCUCGCCGUCGCGCUUCAAAGCGUACGUCAACUCCACCACCCGCAAGGGCGAGACGGCCUGCUACCUGGCGGCCAAACGUGGCAAACUCUCCACCCUCCGCCUCCUCGUCAGAAAGGGAGCCGACAUCAACCAGCAGACCAAGGACCGUUCGUGUCCACUCUUCGCAGCGGUCACUGACGGCCGCAAGGACAUGGUGCAGUUUCUGUUGGCCAAGGGCGCAUUGGUGGACAGGGUGCACACAGCUUCCUGCUGGACGUGCCUUCAUCAAGCUGUCUAUGUGAAUAACGUGGACAUUGUGCGCAUGUUGGUGACGCAGACCAACCUGGAAGCAUGCGACAACAAGGAGAUCACGCCUCUCAUCCUGGCGGCACAGCAUGGACAUCGUGAAUGUGUGGAAGUCCUGUUCCAAGCCGGAGCGGCUCUGCGCAUAACUGAGUGGGGAUUCGUUCUGACCAAAACAGACCUAGUCGAGCUGGUUCUGGACCUCAGGUGGCUUUACCCCCCGAGUUUCCCUGGCAACGAGGCCGACAAGAUUAAGAGUGCGUUGACACCGGAGGAGUUCCAAGACAUGUGCGCGACGGCAUUGGCGCGAUCGGAUUUAGCCCAGGAGUGGCUCCCACCUCUAAUAAGAGCGGGACUCGAUCCCUAUCUGAUGCUGCACACAGACAUACUGAUGGAAGCCAAAGGCAGCAUUGUUAACUUUCUGCUCCAGUUUGUCAACUGGUCAACCUUGACGACGUCUUCCAAAGCCAUAUUGUGCCAUAGGCGAGCAGAAGGCACGUGGCAACCAUUCCCGGAAUUUGACGCCAUCCCCGACCUCUUGCAUCUCUGCCGGCUGCAGCUCAGGUCGAUUAUGGGACCGGACUUGGUGUUGAAUUCGGGCGUUGUGCAGAGGCUCCCCAUGCCCACACCGCUCCACAGCUUCCUACAGUUUAAAGAUAUCCAGGUGGACAACACCGAUUUCUCUUAA